AUGGACGUGGGUGGUGUGUCCAUGAGUGACAUGGCAUCGGUGCCAGCUGUCAGACCCAUGCCCACAUUAAAGCUCUACGAGGGCGAGGCUCGCUAUGACUCGGCUGAGUCUCGAGAGUACGGGCGGCCAGUGUACUCUCCGCCAAGGCCAGUGUACUCCCAGCCAAGACGUGUGUACUAUACCUCGCAAGCUUCAUCGGUGAAGAGGAAAAGCGUGAGGGUGUUGCUGGUUCUGGGCGUGGUGGGCUUUGCUGUUGCAGACAGACGACCGACGUAUUCUUACAACGAACCAGGCACGUUUGAGUACUCAGCGGAAUCUAGCGAAGCCAAGUACGACUUCAGAUGGGCUGUGAAGGACGACUACUCCGGCAACGACUUCGGCCAUCAGGAGUCCCGCGACGGCGACCACACACAGGGGUCUUACUACGUGCAUCUCCCCGACGGCCGCCUGCAGAAGGUCACCUACUACGUGGACGGCGAUUCCGGCUACGUGGCUGAUGUCAGCUACGAGGGCGAGGCUCGUUACGACUCAGAUGAGUCUCGCGAGUACGGGCGGCCAGUGUACUCGCCGCCAAGACCCGUGUACUCCCAGCCAAGACGUGUGUACUCUUCUCCCGAGUCGGAGGAAUCCUUGGAGAUUCCUGUGUACGCUUCGCCCAGACCUAUUUACAGGCCUCCAAGACCAACUUACGGCUGAAAGCAUAGGUUAUUCCCUUUGGUCUGUGGUACAAGACACAAGAUCGAAAAUGGUGGACCAGCGUUGGUAAAGCGGAUUCUAUCAUCACGCAAUAAAAGUUAUGAUUACA